GGGGGCGGGGAGGAGCUUCGCUCACCUUCCGGCCGUUAGGGCCUCUGUCCACUGUUGGCCUUCACGCCCCGCCUCAGGCCCGAGGGCCUGGAGGGCCCGGGACCGACCGCCCUGCGCUUCUCACCUCGCUUUCUGCCGGACUCCUUUAUAUUCUUAAACAUCUACUGAAUGCCUCCACUCCACAGCCUCUGUACUUGAAUUUGACCUUCCCUGUCUCUUAUUGUUCAUUGUUUCUGUUCUUGAAGUUUUUCACUAAUACUUCAUGGAUUAGAGUCCCCCAAAGAAGAAAUAGUAGUUCAUCUGUGUGGCCAAAAGAAUCAACAUUUCUUUCCAAAGUGUUUACAGCAUCAUCAAAGAGUGACCAUACUUGUCCAUAUCUCAAUUUUAACUUGAAGAAACAUUUACCUUCAUUAUGCUCAAUAAUUAGAACAUACAUUUGGCCGGCAGUCUGUGAAGACCACAGAUAUUGUCUGACCUCCCACUGGAAGAUGCAAGACUGGCCAACAGAAGAGAAGCUCAUUGCUGGGAUCCUGGGAAUCAUCUGCCUUGUCUUGAUGUCCACUGUGGUCACAAUAGCUGGUAUUCUCUCUACUAAAGGACUGAAGCAAAAUAAGACAUAUCUGGAAACAAGGAACCAGAGAGGUACAACAUCAUUUUCAAAAUUCUGUUUUUAUCACUGUGGUCAUUGUCCGAAAGAGUGGUUUACAUAUUCCAACCAUUGCUAUUACAUUAGCACUGAAAGAAAACCAUGGAAUGAGAGUUUGGCAUCCUGUGCUUCUAACAACUCUAACCUGCUCUGCAUAGAUGAUGAAGAGGACAUGGUCAUGAUCUUAGGAUCCUUGGAUACAGUCCCUCAUUGGGCUCCCUGCUCCACAUAUUGGUUGAACUUCUUUACUCAUUCUUCAUGGAUUAGAAUCUCCCCGAUAAUCAGUAAUAAUUCAUCUGUGUGGUCAAAAAGCUUCACUUCCUUCUCCAAAGUAUUGUCAUUAUCUUCAGAAAGUGAUGGGAAUUGUCCAUAUUUCAACUUUGACACAAACAAAACUUCUCAUGAAGACUGCUUAGACUUAAAACCAUAUAUUUGUAAACACCAGGCAUUAGUUACCUAAAUUUGGUAUAAUGCUAUCUCACAAUCUAAAGAACAUUAUCUCUCAUUUCUUCAAAAGCCAUACAAUUGUUUUCUCAGAAUUUUUUAAAGAUGUUAUUUUUCAGAGCAAUUUUAGAUUCACAACAAAAUUAAGAGGAAGGUACAGAGAUUAACUCUAUUGCCCCUAUCCACACAUGUGAUGACCUCUCCAAUUAUCAUCAUCCCUCACUAGAAUGAUCCAUUUGUUACCCAGGAUGAAUCUGUAGUGGUGCAUUAUAAUCACCCAAUGUCAAAAGUGUACCUGAGGUUUCACCCUUGGUGUUGAUGUUAUACUAACAUAAAAGUAUAUAUACUCAGGUACAUACUACAUAUUUCUUAAGCCUUUGCUAUUGAUUAAGAUGAAUUACACUUAAAUUAAAAAUCAAAAUAUCAAGUACUCUUUUUAUAAAUUCCUCAAUAAAAAGAACAAUUCUACUAACAUUUCAAAUUAAUUGAUUUUUCUUAGCCCUUAAAGGAGCUGCAAAUAAGAGUUGAACAGCCCAGGGUGUCAAGGUUAUCAGUCAGAGUUGAAUCAGGACACAGACACCAAGGGAAGUUUGAGUAAACAAUUAUCUAUUUGUAAGGGAAAGCCUACUAAAAGGAAAGGCUACUAAGAUAAAAAUGUAAGAACACCUUAGGGUUAAAAGAGAGUUCCCAAAAGACAGAUGGCCAAGAAGCUAGAUCUACUCUCUGAAGGUGGGAUUCAAAUGUCAUUGAAGACAACGUGCCUCCAAGCUUCAUGGCAGAUGUGUUCACAGAAUUGGCCUGGAACAGAGCAGCUCCACAGUCCACAGGGCUGAAGCUGGUGAGGAUGGAUUUCAGGCUGUGACUGUCAAGCAGGAAGAACCCCUUCCAGUUUGUUAAGAGGCAUAGAGCAAACGGCAGGGAACUAUGACUGGUACAGGACACAAAAAUUUGCUGGAGGCUGAAUACACUGCACUUCCUGCAUGCAUGCAGCUGGCAACCAAGCCAUCAUGGCCAAACACCCUGAUGUUUCAUGUAAAGCAUGAAACCAGGAAAAAGAGCCCUCUCUGCUUCAAUGUGUCUCCAUUACCUCUUACUGACAAAACCCAACCUCGGAUGAGCUGACAAGAGAAAGAAAGUGUACAGCACCUAGCUCCAUUUUCUGAGAAUAAGGCAGUAAGGGAUUGAUUUGGAGCUGGGAGUACUCAAUUGUUAACAAACACUCAGGGUGAUCAUGCAACCACCACAGGGUGGCUAUAUAAGGCUCUUGCUUUUCACAUCUGCCCCACUUCCUCAGAGAAUGGAACCAAAGUGUACCUUCAGAAUCUGUUGUAGGGCAGUACUAUGAAAGGUUAGGUUCAUUAUACCAUAGAGAUAGAUUUUCAUUGAUACUUUUCUUUCAUGGCAUUGUCUUCACCUGGAUUCAGGUAUAUUGGAAGAGUUCUUGUUUUAUUAAAUUCUCCACAUCGCUACCUCUGUCAUUCUUUACUAAUCUGUUAAAAAUACUUUGAAGUUAAAAUAAAUGUAAAGUAGUGAAGAAAACAAGAAUUAAAAGUAUAAGGAUAUUUGCAUAGAGCACACAGCUAGUUAUUGACAGAAUUCAGGACAAAUGUUAGUACUUUGAUAAUGAUUCAGAGAUCUUUUUACCCUAAUUCAAUUAUAGCAGAGAGAGAUAAACUCAAUAAUUAUUUGCAAAAUAAUUCAUAUUUUAUAUAUGUUUAUCUCUUUGAAGAUAUAUUUAUAUUCUUUAUAUUCUCUGUGCUUAUUCCUUAUGAUCAUAUAGGGAAGUUAUGUGAAUAUUCAAAGUCAAUUUCAUAUACUAUUUAAAUGGUAGCUAUAACUAAUUGCUAAAGUUGUGUCACAAACAACCCAAGAUUGCAUUAACAUUUAAAAAUAAGCAUUUAUUUCUCAUUUGCCAGUCUGUGGUUUGGCUAUGUUUUAGUUGAUUGACAUUGAGCAUGUGUGGAUUUGACUCCAGACUAAAUUCAGUUCAGAUUUUUUUUUAAUACUUCAUUGUUAGAAGAGCGGGCUACCUGGUAUAUUCACCAGAUAUCAGUCAUUUUGACUUAAGAACUUGAUCCUUCUGUGCCAUCACCUGUGACAUGAUAAUAAUUGUAGACACUUCAUAGGGUUGAUCUGAGGAAUCAAUAACAAUGCCUAAUGAUCCUUAAAAUACAGCCUAAUCAACGAUGUUCUGGCUAUAUGUGAUCGCUUCAUAUUUUACCUUACCAAAACUCAAUAAAAGUCAUCUUCCUAGAAAA